CGUUGACGGCUGAUAGCGAUGGGGCCAUAAUAAAACCGAGGUGGAGACAUCUCUCCAACUAGCCAUAAGAAAGUGCAAGAAGAUGUCAUGAUAAAAAAGUUCACUUCUGGAGCCAACUGCAUAAAAUCAAGUGUGGCAGUUGCGCACCCGCAGAGUACCAGCAUCGAAAGAUUGAGCACGGCGACCAAGUACAAGUGAAAAAUGGCAAUUUUUAUAAUCUUACUGCAAUUCCUACUCUACAGCAACGCAGAAAAAGAUAUGUUUGUCUAUCCGACUAUUUUGCAAGAAAGAACGAGCGAAACAAACUUGGUUGUUCGGCUCAAUGACAAGUUCACAUUACAUCUUGAAAGAAGCUCUGUACUGGCGGACAAGCUGCUCUUUGUUACAACCAGUGAAGAAGUAAACCAUUUAGAGGAAGUAGAAACGUCUGCUAUCCAAGAAACUUUGUACCACGACACACACUACCAGUCCUCUGUUCGGGUUCACCAAAGAGACGACACAGUGAAAGUCGAGGGCAUUAUAAACCACAAACUGAGGAUCAAACCUGUACCAGAAGGAGAGCGUUCCUUCCAAGGCCAAAUUCUGCAUAAGAUAUAUGAAGUGAAGGAGACAGAGGAAAGGUUCAUCAAUAUGGAGAUGAAGGGUCCGAGCUCCAACAGUAGCUUGAAACAAAACACUAUCAGCAGCCGGACAUCCAAUGGUGAUGUAUUUCAAGUAGAGCUUCACAUCAUAAGCGACAGGAAGCACCAAGGUUACUUUGACAAAAAUGAAGAUUUAAUUGGUUAUAUGGCGGUCUUCAUGAAUGCGGUGAACUUGCGGUACCUCGACAUGGCGCAACCUAAGGUACGAUUUCUGCUCGUCGGCCUAACAAGGAGAAAGGAAGAACCUUUCUCUAAAGACAAUGGAGGUACUACCGACACGACCGAAACGUUAAGUAAGUUGGAAAAAUAUGAACAAGAAGGAAGGGUACCAAGCAAGCAUGACGCCUUGUUUCUUGUGACCGGCCUAGACCUGGUUAAAGAGACCAAUGGAAAAUUGGAGAAAAACGUAGCAGGACGAGCAUUUAUGGGUACUGUCUGCAGUACCUAUGGAGUGGGUGUGGGCGAGGAUACCGCCACCACUUACCUUGGGGUGGCUGUAGCGGCCCACGAGCUAGCACACAUAUUGGGUUCAGAUCACGACACGACUCCGAGAUGCCCGUGGAAGGAGGGAUAUCUGAUGAGUUAUGUCGAUGGAGGAACGAGGAAAUACCGACUCUCUCCGUGCAGUGAGGACAGUAUACGAAAUACUUAUGGGAGACUUUCGGAGGAGUGUAAAAAGGUCCUGUCCAAGACGAAUUACAUGUCUCAGCACAAGGAAUACCCUGGCGAAACAGUCCGCGAGAAAUAUUUCUGCAGAAAGAGGGUUGAGAGUGUAGUAAAGGGAUUGCAAGUGAAAGUCUUCCCACUGAAGACGCCAGCGGACGCCAAGAACUGCAAAAUGCAAUGCUGCUAUUGGCAAGGCAAUACGAGAACUUGCCGGUCAACUAAAAUGCUGGAACGGAUGGCUUGUAGCAAACAUGGAAAGACGUGCAAGAGAGGAGUUUGUGCGGAGCACGAGUGGUGAAAUUUACAAUCUAACUUCUACAUGGAUUACUGGUGCCAGUUCCCAAGGAGGGCGGUCAUAACACUGGUUGCGUGCAGAAUAAA